CUUUGGUCUCGUGUGGAGAGUAAUGGAUCUAGUCCUCCUGGAGAAGGCCCUGCUGGGGCUUUUCGCCGCAGUGACACUCGCCAUCGCCGCGUCCAAGCUCCCGGGGAAGCGCUUCGGCGACGACCUCAAUCAUCGAAAUCGGACAGCCCUCGCCAAGCGCUUCGGUGACAUCUUCGUCCUCCGCAUGGGCCAGUGGAACCUUGUCGUGGUCUCGUCACUCGAGAUGGCCCGCGAUGUCCUGCACACCCAGGGCGUCGAGUUCGGCUCCCGCACCUGCAAUGUUGUCUUCGACAUCUUCACCGGCAAAGGCCAGGACAUGGUCUUCACCAUCUACGGCGAGCACUGGCGCAAGGUGUGCCGCAUCAUGACCGUCCCUUUCUUCACCAACAAGGUCGUGCAGCAGAACCGCCACGGCUGGGAGGAGGAGGCCCGCCGGGUGGUGGAGGACGUCAAGGCCAUCCCCAACGCCGCCACCGAGCUGGGUGGACAUUUUUGGCGAAGGCGGUGGUGGGGAUGA